UGGUUUAAAAGGCCACUGCACACUGUGUUUAUUCUGCACAGAGGCACUGUGGGUAAAACAGUGUGAUAAGAGGUGUGUUAGAUCUGAGCACUGCGAGUGUGUAGCAUGUGUGUGUGUAAAGCUCUGUUCCUCCUCUGGAUAUUCUCACUUCUCAGCAGAAACGGAUUUGGUUAUAAUUAUGAGGAUUAUUCAGAUUUCUCCUAUAAUGACAUCACAGACGGAGAUCAGCAGGAGACGGGUGCUUCUCCUUGUCCCUCUGAUGAUGGAGAGCGAUUACAUUGGGACAAGAUCUUCAUCAUGAUGGAGAACUCACACAUGAUGCAGAAGAUUCUCCUCCAGGCCAAUGAAGAACUGAAGAUGGAGAUCUCCUCACUGAGAAAUCACAUCCAGAAGAUCUCCAGUGACAUCUCCACUUCCUGUCUCAGAGUCGUCAAGGAGACCUGCCUGUCCAUUAACGCACAGCAGAACCUCAGAGUGAACCAGAACACGACCCGGCUAAAGCGAGAUGUCCAGCAGAAUGUUAGUGUACAGCAACUGGAGGAGAUGAAGGUGAGAGAGAAGAUGAAGGAGUUGAAGAAUGUGGAGGAAAUGAUGGAGAUGGACAAAACUGAGAAGAUGGAGGAGAGUGACAAAAGUUGGAGAUGGACAAAAUGGAGAUUUUGGAGAUGAUGAAGAACUCAAAAUGAAAGCUGACUGGACUGAUAAUUGUGAUUUUAAUUCUUUGUGUGGUUCUCUUUGUCCAUUUGGAUGUGUCUGCCAUGUAUACUGUGUUUUUCUGAGGAGUUUCACCAUACUGUUCCUCAUUAGAAGCUUCAUGGAGACUUGAAGGCUGGAGGCUUUUUCACAUGAUGAUGAUUUCAGGCUUUAUACUGUAAAACAACUCUGUAAUUUCCAACAUUAUUAUUUUCCUUGUGUUUUAUUUUCACUAUGAGUUUUGUUCCUGCCUUUAUAUUUAAAGUUGAGUGUCUCCUCGAGCAUGCACCUCCUCGGGAUAAAAUAAAAUAAAAAAAAGAUUACAUUUACCCAAAACAUUCAUCAUCUGGAGACUGAGCAGGUCUGAGAUCAUUGUUUUGUGUUUUUUCUCUUGAAGGUGCAGUAUCGUGUAGCUUGGUCACUUGUUCCAGAAUUCAUUAGAAGUACAUUUUGUGAGGGAAUAAAAAUCAGUUUCCAGUUGUUUCUAGUGUGAUUGAGUGGAAAGAGUAACUCCACCCAGCUCCACCUUCAUCAUUAAAUACAGUUAAAACAGUGAAACCCAAACAGAAAAAUUAACUGAAGCAGUUUAAAACCACACCAAUGCAGUUUUAUUACACAAUAAACAAAAACAGCUCCAUGGAAA